CGGAACUUAUUUAAAAUCCACAUAUGAAAGCUUCCUUCCCCAAAGUUACAGAACGGCUCUUCGGCACUGUACUGAUAGUGGGGAAAGUUCCGCUCAGGGAAAUUGUCAGCAACGCAUUUCGGAAACGCGAUUGAGGAAAACGAUAAUUGGAUAGCUGUAGAACCACCGGUGCCAAAAGAAACAUCACAACCAUAUCCUGACUCUGGAAUUGAAAUCUGUGUUUAAGAAGCUUAACAAAUGCAGAGCUUAAAACAGCAAGAUUAUUACCGAACGUGUAGUUUCCCAGCACUUCCGGGAAUGGUGUUCCCGGAUCCGUCCUAUGGGAAAACGGCAUGGUCACCUCAAUCGAGCCCGCAAAGUCCAGGCUACCCUCAUCCAAAUUCAAUAUCAGCCAUAAGUAAGCCGGGUUUUGAGGUUCCAUACACAUCCUGGCGUCCACAAGGGAGUGGACAGAUCCAGCUGUGGCAAUUCCUACUUGAGUUACUCUCAGACAGCAGUCUGUCAAACUACAUCACGUGGGAAGGUACCAACGGGGAGUUCAAACUGGUCGACCCGGACGAGGUCGCUCGACGCUGGGGCGAGAGAAAGAGCAAACCUAACAUGAACUACGAUAAGCUGAGUCGGGCGCUCAGAUACUACUAUGACAAAAACAUUAUGACCAAAGUACACGGCAAGAGGUAUGCAUACAAAUUUGACUUUGCUGGUUUAGCACAGGCAAUGCAACCCGCCACUGCCGACCCAACGUCUUACAAAUACCAACAGGACUUUUUUAUGUCAAGUUAUCACCAUAACUCAAAGCUCAACUUUAUGAAUGCUCAUCCACCUAUGCCGACCUCCAGUGCUCACAGUUUGUUUGGUCCUCCUUCAGGGUACUGGUCAGCGCCCAGUCCAAACCUCUACCCAAACAUCCCCAACCACCACAUGGCACAUCACACCUCACACAUGACACCACACCUGGGCUCAUAUUACUCAUGAAAGCACAUGCAUUGACUUAAAAAGGCAAUCCGUUUUCGUGAAAAAUGCUUUCAAUGAAAGACCAACUCCUUGACAGAAGAUAAUAUUUUCGUCGCUUGAAGGAGAGAACAAACAACUUUCUCUGAUGGCAUUCCAUGGCUGUGAUGACCGUCUGUUUUUACAGACUGGGCGAAGAGGACAGGUUUGGUGCAAUAUUGAUAUAUUGCAUGAAUAUGCCGUGUGCUUGGACAGGCCUGUUAAGUCGUGGCCAGACUAAGUAGCAUAUGUUUCUGUGAGUUGUGCCGUUUGUUGAUGGCAAAAUACCAGACCAAUGCACACUGUUGUGAAGGGCAAUGAUUUUAUUUCCUCUUCAAAACGUUAUUGAUGAAAUCGGUUGUCGCUGUCCAGUGCCAUCGUCUGUAAGGAGUGUGUGUCGGCACUCUUCACCCCAGCAGUGGUAGGGGAACGAUGUGAGCCAUAAUUAAGUGAUACGUCAAGAACUCUAACGGGUAAAGAUCAGUCUAGUAAGCUAUUGAUUAUUUUUACAAAGAUAAAUCUAGAGACGUAAUAAAUUAAUCGAAGGAAAUGUCUUUUUCUAAUGUACAGAUGAAAUAUAGAGUAUGAACGAAUGAUCUAUGAGAUUUGUGCGAUCAAUUCCAUUUUCACAACAGUUGCUAGAAUCGACGACGGAAGGAAGUCGAUCCGGAGACGCUAUUCCGCUUGUAAUUUCUUCCUUCUUGAGUGAGUUCAUUUAGUAUCGUUGAGUCUGACAGAUAGAAAAUUGGAUUUCUCAACUGGAAAGAAUAAAAAGUCGAGUUUAGACUUCUUCCGAUUACAGAGAUCGUAUCCGCUUUUAUAUAACAACGUGCCUUGUGUGUGUAAUGUCCGUGCACGCAGUCUUACUGCGAUUCGGAUGGGUAUUCCGUAUGGAUAUUUAGGAUUAUCUCUGAUUUUUCUUUUUAUCGAUAUAGCAAAUCAGAUUCAUUUCCUGUACUGACGCGGUUGCAUAGCUGUAAGUGUUCCCAUGGGCGCGCACUGUGUUGCCAGCAUUAGGUUGUUACUGUUAUUUACCGGUACAGUCCGAAGCUCAUAUUUAAAUGUUUUCCUAAUUAAAUGAUGGGACACACAUUAACAUAGAGAUAAUGUCAUCUAAACGAAGAGAGAGCUCAUCGCCUUUCAAUGUCCGCUGUCACCUGCGAGAAUCUAGAUAGAGCUAUGAAUACAGACGUCUUUCAAUAGCCCUGCGUUCUCUUAAAGCUAAUAAUUGCUAAAUGUUGGUUGAGACGCGAAUAAUGAUGUUGAAUAAAUAGCCGCGAAUGGCUCUCUGUGCAAUAAAUGACGUUCUUUCUCGUGUGAUCUUCGAGACACGUGGCUAUGCACGGUCUUUUCUAUAACGGUUCGUGCUCACCGGAAUAAUAUUGGUCUGUAUGUAACCGUUGAAUUACAGUUCGUACUGGGACUAGUCAUUAGUUUUAUUAGGGUCUUCUAUCGAGACAGGCCUAUCAAUGAAAAGGACGAGCUAUUGUAAAUAUUAGUACGGUCGGACUGUGUGUGUGAUAUCACAAAGAACUAAGGUGAUACAUCCAAGUUCGCACAAUGAAAAUGAGAUCAUGUUAAACGUAUUGUGUCGAAAUGAGAUAUUGAUCGGGAAAGUUGUCUAUUAGAUAUAUCGAUACAUACUGAUGAUGAAUGUCAUAACAUGUGAUAGAACAAUAAAACAUUAAAACGAA